CGACGUUUGAGCUGUGUCUGACGCGAUGAGUCUCGAACAUUUCACAACUUCCAACUAUUCAUUACUCUUUGGAGUUCGGUAAAGAAGGCUAGUCCUUUUCUCUGAUGAGUUUUUCAUUGUGAGAAAAAUGAGGACUGGAAGUGCGGCGUUUCAGUUUAAAACCAUGUAGCCCGAUUCCUAGGGUCUUUCCUUUGUUUGAUCUGCCUGUCACAUUGAAGCAUCAGCUUCUUGCUUAACGAUUUCAAUUUUUUUUAAAUCAACCCUAAAAAAGUCAAAAUGCGGUUCUGAUCCUGAGUUUAAUUAGAAUUUCAAGGCUACUCCCUCUUCUGGUUGUGGGAUUUGGUAUCUUAUUUGGCUGUAGGCUUGAAGGAUGCGGGCGAGCGGGGGUUCGGACGACCCAGGGCCCGGGGACCCGUGGGAGGUGUUCAGUGCCCUGGCGCUGCUCAUCGUCGAGGGUAGGAACCCUGGCGGAGACAAAGGAUACCAUGCAGGACCUCACUGCCCCACCACCUUCCCCGCUCUGCACAAGUGCGCCAACCAUCAUCAUGUCUGCAACUCUGACAACCCUGAGUGCGCGCGAGCAUGCGCGUUACUGCGGCAGUUGCGCGUGAUGUGGGGCGUGGGUGUGGGCGUGAGCAUGGAGGUGCUGGUGGCCCCAGAGUGUGAGCAUGGCAAGCUUCUCGCCGCCACGCUUGACACCGCCACCGCCCCACGACCUUCUCUCAAACUCAUCGAGCAGUGGAACUUUACCAUCAACCAUAACAGGUGCAACUCGUCGAGCGUGGGCGGUUGGCCACUGGUGGCGGCGGUGCGGUCGUUCCUCCACUUCUCGCAGUUGUCCGCGUGGCUCAGUCGCUCCGCGGGCCGUCGUCCGCCUAAUGUUCUCUAUCGCCUCACCGUCUCCUCCCCCGUCUUCUGCUCCAAGUUUCAGGGCAAGUUCGAGGAGCACGUCUUUCCUGUGGCUUCCGUUGGCGCUCAGACGAGUAUUCAGGUUUCUGUGAAGUCUUUGCCACGUACCGAUGUUGUGCCUACCGCAAUAUGCACAGAGAAACACGGCGAAAUCUUGCCUCGUGGUGCUCAAGGCUUGUCAAGCUCGUGUGCUACAUCCGUGGCUUUGACUUGGAGGACAGGAAUAAACACAUCGUCCUCGAAACCCUCUGUGCCUCAGAUGGAUUGUGGUCCUGGAGUUUCUUUUUCGACGGCUCCAAACUCGAGCGUCGAAGCUUCGAGCUCUGCAUCCACUCAAGCGGGUGGCUUGGUUUCCUGUCCUCGUUCUGAAGGAAGUGGUGCUUCGCCUGGCGUUUCUUCGUUGCUUGUCUCGAAAGUUGUCUCAGUUAGUGGUUCAUCUGGCUUAGCCUCUGCUAGUCGGGAUGAAAAGGCCUUUGACAACGUUCCGUGCACCAAGUCAUCUGCAGCUCCAAAUAAUUUAACGGAAAUUGCAGUUCACCAGGACUUAUCGAAGGAAAAAUUCAUUUCUGUUAGUCCCGCUCCUAUGGAAAAUAUGCCAUCUCAGGAUCUUACCUCGUCUCCGCCCUCCGAAGCUGGCCUGACCCAUGAUUCCGUUUUCGUCCAAGCUUCAUCUAUACCCGAUGCUCCAUUUAACACAUCUUUGUCAUCAGAAGAUGGAAAUGUCGUCUCGCAUUCUUCGCUGCCGCAGGAUCUUCCGUCCUCUGGGUUCGUUUCCUCUGUAAUUUCUGGUAAAUUUUCAAAGUCCAGUACUACAAAUGACUCUUUGUGUAGUCCAUCUACAUCUGGAAACUCGUCUUGCACGGCCAAGUCUACCGCUUCACCUUCGUGUUCGUCGCGAUCUUUCAUCUUCGACAACUCGACGUCUCCUCCGCCUGAAACAGCUUCUUCCUUCGGGACUGCCGUCCUUCCCGUUACUUCAGUUCUGUCUUCUUCUCCAUCCAACUCUGAUGCUUCUCAGUUGCAGUCAUCACCCCCUGCAAACGGCUCCCAAUCAAACGGCUGCUCAACUGCAUCGAACGGCUGCUCUGGUCCAAAACUGGCAAAAAGUGACGACCUCCGAGUGUGCCUGAUGAAGGCGCAGCUGGAGGAGAGCAGCAGUAGCAGUCGUGGGUCCUCCCCAGACGUGAUGCAGCUGGGGGAGAGCUUGCUUGAUCCUCCUCACGCCUCACGCAUUCCCCGUUGUUACCAGUCCCCUUCUCGGUCAGGCUCCCCAUCUCGAGAAACACCCGAGCACCUCAUCUGUCGUCCCCGGCACUACUCGGUGUCAGAGAUCCGCAUGAGCUCCUCAGGAAGUGGGGAGUCGAACGGUUCUUGUCGGCCCAUCGAACCCGACGUCAUCAUCGGCCGGAAUCCUGUCAGCUUGGGUGGUGGCUACAACCCCAUGGCCUGGACUCAGUCGCGGUACCCCAUCCAUACCACUGCCCAGCACCACAGCGCGCACGCCCAGAACCACAGCGCCCACGCCCAGAACCACAGCGCCCACGCCCAGCACCACAGCGCACUCGCCCAGCACCACAGCGCCCAAGCCCGUCACUAUUGUCCUCCAGCUUACGGGCAUCAUCAUCUGUCGAAAUCACCUCCUCACGUGCCAAUGUCUCCUCUGCCUCACUCGUCUCAACACCCUCCGCCUCACACAUACGAGCAUCCAUUGCCUGACACAUCCCAACACAUAGAUCAGCCAUCCCAACACCUCCAGACUUACUCAUCUCAACUCCAAAUAAAACUUGCAUCAUCACACCCACCGCCGCAUCAACUACAACGCUCAUUGCCUCACUCUUCGCAGCAGCCACUGCCUCCUCCACCUCAACAACCGCUGACCCAUCCAGCUCAACAUUCACUACCUCACCCAUCCCCCCAUUUACAAUCUUACUCAUCACAAGACCCAAUGAAACUCGCAUUCCCACUGCCCAAUUCAUCUCAACACCCGUUGCCUCACUCUUCCCAACACCAAGUGUCGGAUUUUUUGCAGUUCAAACCGCUACCCCCUUCUUCCCAGCGUCUUUUGUCCAAUAGUUCACAACACGAGUUUUUCCACAAUCCAACAGUCAUUCCUCAGGAGACUCCAAAUCAAAUAUCCGCGUCUGGCGUGGCUGACCGGCCUGGCACUCCCGGCUGCGUCAAAGGGAGCAGUGGCUGCGGCAAGCAGAACAUGCUAGAAAAUGUGGAGAAUCUGCGUAAUUUGCGAGGAGUUGCGGAUCCCAAUAACGGUGCAACGCGCGUCUCUAACCCUCCUUACGACGCGAGCCGCGCCUUGAAGCACACGCAGUGGGGAAAGAGAUUCAGGGAAGAUUAUGGUCAGUCGAUCCCCGUGCCAGGUAAGAAAGAAGCGGAAAUUCAUCGAAUGCUUAAUUUCUACGAUGAAAUUGACUCCUUUUGUUCGGACGACUGGGGCCGCUUGCUUGAAUCAAAAUCGCAAAGUUCAACAGAUCAGCUCGCAAAGUCAGACGAAGCGACCAUACGAGCUGCUAAACUGGAACUUGAUCUGUCAAAAAUGGGGAAGGACUGGGUUAGUGCUCAAGGGUCCAUUUUGCCUCCUGAUGAAUGGAGUCCACGCAGUCGUGAACUGCUCAUGCAGCACCUCGGCAGCGGCGGCACGAAGAGAAAAGUAGACUCGAGUGGCGACGAGGCUACUCUUACCUCUGCAAAUAAGGGCAGGAGAAAGGAACAACCGAUCAGCAGCAGCAAGAAUGGGAGUACGUGCAAUGAGACUUCUAACAACGGUGCCCCCAAGCACCAUUUCGAGUUGACUCCAAAAGAAACUCUUGAAAUUUUAUCAGUUUUGCACCAAAGAACGCCUUGGCUUCCAUCUCGAUCUCCACGUUCUGAAUUGUCGCAGCGGUCUUCAACCUGCCACUUCUCCCCGAAACACAGCAAACCUUACGACAGAGUUCCAGAAAAGACAUAUUCUAAUACGCGGGAGGCUGAAAAUAUUGCGAGUUCUUUACUGAACUACCGUACACCCAGACAACCUUCGGGCUCAGACAGCGAUGAUGAUGAUGAUGAUGAGGAGGAGGAGGAGGAGGAGGAGCAAGACGAUGAUAAAGGUAUAUAUAAGUCUCAAGAUGAUCUCAAUGGUUAUGGAAAUGGCAACGGUAUUCAUGUUACGAACGAGUCGACUAAAAAUGGGAAAGCUCCUUGUGAAUCGGUAUCUAACACUAACCCUUCUGAAGCUGAAGGUUCCGAUUUGUGUUCCAAGACCGACGACUCGGACCAGGGAAGAUCAAACGAGAAUUUAAAUUCUCACGUAGCGACCAUUGGUGAAAGAGUGCGCAGAGCGCUGACUUUUGAAGGCGAACACUACGAUUCUUCUAGCAAUGGCCGAGCGGACUGCUCCGGUCCGUCUUAUAAAAGAUCUCCGCAGCAAGCGAGUCUAUUCAGGUCUUUGAUGAAACGCUCCUAUCAGGUUAGCACCGACCAUCCAUGGAGCAGCUGCAAACAAGCCAAACCAGAUACGUUGGAGCUCAAUCAAGAAGCAAAUGAUCUCACUAGCUCUUCAAGUAGUUUUAGUACUAGUAUUGAUAGAGAAAAACACGUCAGUGAAGCUAACGGGUAUACCACGGUGUCAACUUCCGAGACUCGCCCAGAUAGUCCGGGCACGCUGCUCGGCGACGAAGAGGUUGCCCACAUCACCAGUCGCGCCGCGUCUCAGGGCAGCCAAAACGCCUCGCCCAGUGAUACCAACUCUACGCCCACUAGCCUCACUUCCAUGCCAACAAGCCCUAUCACCAUUCCCUCCGCCUGUGAAUCGCAGCGCAAACCUCCGCGAACUACGCUCAAUUCACAAUCAAAUUUGGUAUUUCACAUGAAAACUGGCCUACCUCUUAACUCUUCUCCUGCACCUCUAAGGAAAGGCGGUUCCAGAUUUGAUUACGACGCAAGUCUCAAUUCUUCUGCGGCCAUUAAAAGGUCGAUAUCAUUCCACAACAGCGUCCACAACGGAGAGAACAACGACUCCAUCAUGCACCAGCUUUGUGACUGUGAGGAGUCUGCAGCUUGUGGGUCAGAGGCUUGUUGCCGACACACUUUGUGCUCCAUGUCUGCUCCUGCGACUGUGGCGUCGUCCAACCUGCUGGGCACGUUCGAGGAGUGCGUCCUGCACGGCAGGCUGGAGCCUGUCUCUACCGUCCAGGGCUUCAGGGCAGAGAUCGCCGCGUCGGGCGCCUUCUGCCCCGAACAUCUCAUUAAGCCCGUCACUGUCUUCUUCUACACGCUCGGCGACAACGACCACAUCUCCAGCCCGUACAUGGGUCACGUGAGUCUUGAGAAGAAAGGCUACCGUGUACCAGGCAAGGGGACCGUACAAGUGACGUUACUGAACCCCCUGGGCACGGUGGUGAAGAUGUUCGUGGUGAUGUACGAUCUGAGCGACAUGCCCUGCAAUGCCCGUACCUUCCUCAGACAACGGACCCUCAACAUGCCCGUGGGCGCCUCCGACCUCGACCCUGAUGCCCACCAGUGGCUGCGAUACCUCAUACAUCUCAAGUUUGCGAGCUCCAAGUCCGGCAAAGUUUACCUGCACACCGACAUCCGCAUGUUGAUAUUCCGCAAGAGCGACGCGGACGCCGCGGCGCUCCACAAAACUGGUACGCCCUACGAGCUGCGCUCCUUCACACACGGCCCCACCAACCCCAAGUACUCCCCUAGGAAGUGAGCACCAUGUGCUCCCCUAGGAUGUGAGCACCACACAUGUUCCCCUAGGAAGUGAGCACCACACAUGUGCUCCCCUAGGAAGUGAGCACCAC